AUGUCGCAGCAAGCUUCGCUCCAGUCCUUUUUCACCCAGUCUUCCCAACAAGGGACAGCCCCCUCGCAGAACAGGAACACCCACGGUCCCGACCCAACCCCAUCCGGGGCUCAGGAACAGGAAUUUUCCUCGACCUUUGCAACAGAAUCCGACUACAAUGACCCCUACCAACCGAGAGUGGACUACUUCUACCCGAGCAUU